AUGGGCAGCAUCACCACCACCGCUACCACCACCACCAACGGCGCGGACAGCUUCCUCAGCCAAAUCACCGCCCGCCGCACCUUCUACCCGCUCAACAAGGAGCUCCCGAUCUCCGCCGCGCGCGUGCAAGAGAUCGUCGGCACGGCGCUCCAGCAGGUGCCGUCCAGCUUCAACUCGCAGUCGAACCGGGUGGUGGUGCUGUUCGGGGCGGAGCACGACAAGUUCUGGGAUGCGGCGCGCGACAUCCUCAAGGCCAUCGUGCCCGAGGCCGGGUGGGAGGCCACGGCCGGCAAGAUGGCCAUGUUCCGGGGGGCCGCCGGCACGGCGCUGUUCUUUGAGGACCAGACCGUCGUGGAGGGCAUGCAGGCAAAGUUCCCGACUUAUGCGGAUCGGUUCCCCGUCUGGGCAGGCCACUCCAGUGGCAUGCUGCAGUUUGCCGUGUGGACCGCGCUCGAGGCCGAGGGGCUCGGCGCCAACCUCCAGCACUACAACCCGUUGGUUGACGCCAAGGUCGUCGAGGAGUGGAAGGUCCCUGCUACCUGGAAGCUGACCGCGCAGCUUGUCUUCGGUGGCAAGGUUUCGCCUGAUGCCGCAGAGAAGACGUUCCUUCCGCUGGAGGAGAAGUUCAAGGUCUAUGGUGCUUAA